UGGCGACAGAGGAAUUCGCAGUGCCACGUUUCGGAGCAGCGCCCGGUCGUCGCGCGUGUGUCCAGGAGUAGUGAACUGUGCUCUCGCGCCGGAGGACAGCCUCGUUUCCUCGGCCCGGUGCUGCUGGUUCGCGGGUGUCAGUGACAUUAUUCUAGUCUAAUAGGUUUUCCAUCUUCGUGUUGUCGCUGACAAGAGUGCACGAGGAGCGACGAGUCGGGAGUUUUUUUCGAGAAUUCACAAAGUGCCAUACCGUAUACGAGGUCGGGGAGGAAUAAAGGCGACGUUCGGAUUUGCAUGCGCGGCGCGGCAGGUUGGAAUCCGAAGGUAAGAGAAUCCUUGGCCGAUUCUCCGAACGAUCGACGGGGGACGGCUCGAGAAUUCGAUCGCGUUCCGAUCGAACCUGGCGCACAUCUCGUGUAAACAGCGGCGGAUAAUCGACGAAACUCAUGCGUCGAGCAUUCUAAAUGCUCCGAGUAGAAACGUGAAACUAUUCCACGAACGAUCGACCCGAAGACUAAGGACUAGAAGCUCCUCUGACUCGAGGGUCUCGAGAGAGGGAGGGAGCACGAUUAACUCGCGAGGAUGUAAAGAAGGAAAACAAAUCGAGCCUAAACAGUCCUAAAGUGCGAUUUUUCAUGAACGGAUAAAGUCUCGAGCGAGUGAUCGACCCAGGAGAGCAGAGUGCUCCGAUUCGUGCCGUGAAUGUGUCAUGACAGUUCGCGCGGCCGGGCAUGAACGUUGAAACCUGCACCCUCUACUUCGCUGGGACGGCCCGGGGCCCGGAGAAGGACAGGAUGUCGACCCAGGCGUACUACAAGGAACGGCUCGGCUUCGAUCCCGCCGACACCGUCGCCGAGCAUCAGCGGGAGCAGCGCUCCCAGCACGGUUACGAGGAGUCGCUCUCCAAGUUCAAAGACGAACGAGAUGCUAUACAGAAGAAGACCUUCACGAAAUGGGUGAACAAGCAUUUGAAAAAGCAUUGGAAAUACGUCAAGACUUACACGUGCCUACACGUAUGCGUCCUUGUGAACAACCAACCAUGCUGUUCCCCCACCGCGAGCAGACAUGUCGGCGAUCUAUUCGAGGAUCUACGCGACGGUCACAAUCUCAUCUCCCUGUUGGAAGUGCUUUCUGCCGAACAUCUGCCACGGGAGAGAGGCCGAAUGCGUUUCCACAUGUUGCAAAACGUGCAAAUGGCCCUCGACUUUCUACGCUACAAGAAGAUCAAGCUGGUGAACAUACGGGCGGAAGACAUCGUGGACGGUAACCCGAAGCUCACCCUGGGCCUGAUAUGGACCAUCAUUCUGCACUUCCAGAUAUCCGACAUAGUGCACGGUCAGGAACCGAACGUGACAGCGCGCGAGGCUCUUCUGAGAUGGGCCCGACGAUCGACCGCCCGAUACCCCGGCGUCCGGGUGACCGACUUCACCGGUUCCUGGCGCGACGGUUUGGCCUUCAGUGCUCUUCUCCAUCGGAAUCGGCCGGAUCUCGUCGAUUGGAGAACCGCGCGCUCGAGCCAGCCGCGCGAGCGGCUCGAUCGGGUCUUCUACGUCGCCGAGCGCGAGUACGGCGUUACGAGGCUUCUCGAUCCAGAAGAUGUUGAUACCCCCGAGCCGGAUGAGAAGUCCUUGAUAACGUACAUCUCUUCGCUCUACGACGUGUUCCCGGAGCCGCCGGCCAUUCACCCCCUGUACGACGCCGAGGCGCAAAGACGAUCCGCGGAGUAUCGCGAGCUCGCCAGCUCGCUACACAUGUGGAUCCGCGAGAAAAUGGCUCUUAUGCAAGAGCGAUCUUUCCCGCCUACUCUGAUCGAGAUGAAGAAACUGGCAGCGGACAGUACCAAGUUCAAGAACGAGGAGGUACCGCCGCGAUACAGGGACAAACAGAGAUUGACAUAUAUCUUCAGAGACCUGCAAAAGUACUUCGAGGCGGUGGGUGAAGUGGACAUGGAACCGGAACUGCAUAUUGAUGUCAUAGACAAGAAUUGGAAUCGCCUGAUGAUGCUACAUCAGGAACGCGAACAGUCUAUUAUUGACGAAAUUAAACGCCUUGAGCGUCUGCAACGACUCGCUGAGAAGGUGCAUCGCGAGAUGAAAACGACCGACAAUAGGCUGGAAGAGCUCGAGCGACGUGUAGAGGACGAGGCUCGCAAGCUCGAUCGCCUUCAUCCUUUGGAAGCGAAACACGCGGUUGACUUACUGGAACAAGACAUACGGAGCACGGAAACCCAGAUACAGAAUAUAUUCACCGAUGUGCACACCCUUACGGAGGGUAGAUACAGUCAGGCGCCCGAGCUUCACAAAAGAGUCCAGAAGCUACAUCAAAGAUGGGUUGUAUUGCGAUCACUCUUGCACAGGCGUCUAGUACAACCGCUCUCCGUGGUUUCCUUCCCUGUUGAGGAACGCGUUGUUACAAAACAUCGCACAACGGUCCACGAGACGCGAUUGGUCGACACCAAUCCUCAUUUCCGCGCGUUGCAUGAUUGUAUAGAUUGGUGUAAGGGCAAACUGAAGCAUCUGCAAGAAGCGGACUACGGGUCGGAUCUGCCUAGCGUGCAAAAUGAAUUAGACGUACAUCAGAGGGAGCACAAGAAUAUCGAUCAGUUCCAGACAAAGGUCGAUAAGUGCAAACAGGCGAAGAAUAACUUUCACGGUGAAGAGCUCACGUUGUACAGCCAGCAUCUUGGCACUCUGCAGAAGCUUUAUGACGAACUUCUUGCCGUAUCGACUAAAAGACUCUCUGAUUUGGACACCCUACAUGAUUUCAUACAAUCGGCGACUGGCGAGCUGGUUUGGUUGAACGCUAAGGAAGAAACCGAAGUCACGCGCGAUUGGAGCGACAAGAAUCUUAAUGUACAGAGUAUUGAGCAAUAUUAUGAGCAAACGUAUGGAUCAGGCAUAGAGUCACUAAUGAGCGAUUUGGAGAGACGCGAGAUACAAUUUUCGGCAGUGCAAGAUCGCGGUGAGGCACUGAUUCUUCAGCAUCAUCCCGCGGCGAAAACCAUCGAAGCCUACAUGUCCGCGAUGCAAACUCAAUGGGCCUGGCUGCUGCAACUCACACUGUGUCUCGAAGUGCAUUUGAGACACGCCGCACAAAACCAGCAAUUCUUCAAAGACAUUCAACAGACCGAGCAAUUGAUUUCCAAACAUGACGAAACGUUGAAUACCAUUUACUCGCAAUCUGAUUUCUCGUUAGAUGAGGGAGAACGACUCUUGAAAGGCAUGCAAGAGUUGCGCGAGGAACUCAAUAAUUGUCACGUUCACGUGCAAAGACUUGUGGAGAGAGCAAAGGACAUCGUUCCCAUGAAGCAACGCAAGCAACCUGUUGUGCGACCGUUACAGGUCACUUGUAUCUGUAAUUACAAACAAGUCAAUAUGUCCAUCGAGAAAGGAGAACAAUGCACAUUAUACGAUAAUUCUGGCAGGGUAAAGUGGCGCGUGAAAAAUUCGCAGGGUGUGGAAUCUCCUGUACCGGGUGUCUGCUUUGCGUUACAGCCUCCUGAUAAGGACGCAUUGGAUGCCGCGGAACGAUUGAGACGACAAUAUGAUAGAAGCAUUGCUCUCUGGCAACGAAAAGAAUUGAGAUUACGACAAAACAUGAUAUUUGCGACUAUCAAAGUAGUCAAGGGUUGGGACUUGCCACAAUUUUUAGCAAUGGGACAAGAUCAACGUACCGUUAUCAGAAAUGCGCUGAACGAGGACGCGAAUAAAUUGCUUUCCGAGGGAGACCCGGCAGAUCCACAACUUAGAAGAUUGAAACGAGAAAUGGCGGAUGUCAACCGACUUUUCGACGAUUUCGAGAAGCGCGCCAGGGCCGAAGAAGAAUCAAAGAAUGCAGGCCGUAUUUUCAACGAACAAGCGUCUUCGCUUCAGCAGGCGCUCGACGAGGCCGAGAGAGUAUUGAACACGCGCAUAGCCGCGCCUUUACCUCGAGAUCUCGACAGUCUGGAAUAUCUUGUCUUGCAGCAUAAAGAUUAUGAGCAGAACCUGCAAUGUCUAGCUCCAGACGUGGAACAGAUACAGCAGACGUUCCGCGGAAUUACUUUGAAGACUCCAGCGAUGAGGAACAAGCUCGAUAACAUCACAACCAAAUGGAAGCACCUGUGGAACCUACAUAACUUGUACAUUGAACGUUUGAAAUGCAUCGAGAUUGUGCUGUCCAGCCUCGAGGAAAAUACGACAGCCAUCUCCGACUUUGAGAUCAAAUUAGCCUCUUUUGGCGAACUACCUUCGGACAUCAAGGGUCUUCAAUCCGUAUUGGAGGAUCUUAUGGUUCUGCAAAACGCUAUCGCACAUCAGCAGGUGUCGGUGGAUCAACUGAACGAAGAUGCGCAUAAUGCCAGGCGUCUCGUAGAAAAAUCGAGACCGAAUCACCGUGGUCCACAUGGUGACAUGGACAGAUUGGACGCUGAGGUUAACAAAUUGAACGCACGAUGGACAAACGUCUGCGGACAGUUGGUAGAUAGACUACGAAGUGCCGAAACUGCUUAUGGAUUGGCACAACAAUAUCAAAACUCGUAUCAGAACGAGGUGGACUUUGUCGAUGAGUCGUAUGGAAAGCUCGAGCUGGAGAAUACGAAGAAUCUGCUGAGCAAAGUAUUGGAUCGCGCGCCGGCAAUCGAGGCGGUGAACAUGACGGGUGGCAGACUGAUUCGUGAAGGAAAGAUCUACGGACAAAGGCUCCGAGCGUUCAAAGAACAAUUGGAAGAUAUCUGCCCGUCGUUGGACGCAUCGGUGAAGAGGCCGCGAAGAGAUUCCGUUAUUACGGUCGAUAAUGUUGCUCGCGAUCUAGAUACGCUGAACCGGAGAUAUACGACCCUCGUGAACCUGCUCGAGGAACGGAUUAGGCAAUUGGCACUGCUACAUCCUGAAGACAUUUCCUUACAGCGUGUUCUUCAAGAACAAAGGCCACUGCGAACGUUCCGCACAGAAUUCAACAUAUAUGAAAGCACUACUAGCGAGGAACGUUACACAUCCACGACCACACAUUACACUCAGUCGCAAUACACCUCUGAAAGGCAUGAGUCUACGGAGACGACUUUCUCGAGCGAGAUCUCGAAGCGAACCUACAACGCGGAGCAAGUGUAUCGACCAAAUGGCGAGACCACCAGCCCGGGAGCCACGGUUUCACCCAUUGGUGCCGAUGGAACUCUGCUCAAGCGCUCGCACGAGAGUGAGAUCAGCUCCAAUAGACGGCAACAUCAGCAGCAAGACUUCUCAUCCGUCGUAGACAGCGGCGGGUUUAGUAGCGAGCUUAGGGAUCCUAGAAGGGUACCGCGGGUCGACGAUGGGGGUGUUACCGGUGCGGAGAACGUGAUUGACGUUAGGGGUAUCGUAGAUCCGAGCAGCGGCGAGGUCCUGACGGUGGGCGAGGCGAUUCGGCUCAGGAUCCUCGACGUUAGAAACGGUAGGAUCGUGACGUCGAGCGAUGGCAGGACGAGCGUGUCGAUCGAGGAGGCCGCGCGCGACGGUAUCAUCGACAUCGCUCUGGCUAAUCGGCUGUUAGGUCCAUGCGGGGUGAAAUCCGAGGAGGGUCGUCGGGUGUCUCUGCUCGAGGCGAUCCAGCGGGAGCUCUGCGACGCUGAGCGAGCGGACAUCGCAGACCGAGUUAAGGUAACGACUGCACAAGACAAGGGCGCCGGGAGCGGCGCCAUCGCGGGGGUUAGCGUUGUCGAUGCGAUGAGGCAAGGCUUGUUGGAUCCGGCCACGGGCGAGGUCGUCGCCGAGAACGGUGAGCGGAUCUCGAUCGAGGAAGCAUACUCACGGGGCUAUCUUACGAAGGUGGACGUGACCGUUAGGGUGAGCCGCAAUGCCGUCGCGCUAUCGGACGCGAUAUCGCAGGGUCUGGUGGAUGACCGGUCCGGCCGCGUCGUCGAUAGAAUCACUGGCGAGUCCUAUCCCUUGGACGAGGCGAUCGACAAAGGUGUUAUCGAUUCGAAGAUAAGAGAGAUCGUGGACACACGGAACGACACUAAAGUGACGGUGGCUGAUGCUUUGAAACGCGGGAUAUUGAACGCGAAAAGCGGCAGGUACAUGCACGGUUUGUCGAUGGAGAAGUUGCCGUUUAAGGAAGCCCGUCGUCGUCAGUUGAUUGUUAAGCCGAUGACGCUCAAGGAUUGUUGCGAUUUAGAGAUCAUUGACGAUAGAGGCAGGAUCGUCAGUCCGGCUCAUCGUAGCAAAUUGAUGAUAUUGGAAGCUAUAUCUCGAGGUGUUUUAGAUUCGGAGAUUGUCAAAUCUAUAGUAGAUACUCGAACGGGUGAAAUGAUUACGCUCGCGGAUGCCUUAGCUACUGGUAUCAUCAAAGUCGAAGGUGUAUAUCGCGAUACGCUAAAGGCUGAGGAGAUGUCUAUCCCUCAAGCCGUUGAGAAAGGCCUGAUUACAUCGGUGACGCAGAAAACUAUCUUUGACAUCGACGGUUUUAAAGAUCCAGUUUCCGGCGAAUAUAUCAGUCUAAAUGCGGCCUUGCUGAAGGGUCUGAUUAGCUCAAAGUCCGGCGGUACCUUCACGAUCGAUCUGAAAACUGGGAAGACUGUUUCGUUGAGCGAGGCGGAAGAACAAGAAUAUAUUAGACCGGAAGUGAUAGAGAUGUUGAAUCGUGGCAUCGGCAUCAUCGAGAACGGACGCGAAGUGAGCGUUUUGGAAGCCGUAUUGCUCGGACUGCUUGAUCCAAAAUCCGGUCAAUUACUGGAUCCGCGUAGUAAGAGAAUAGUUCCAUUGGAAGAGGCAAUCAAACGUGGACUCAUCACUCCCGAUGGUGCUGCCUUACUCACCAGUAUGCUGAAUAUUGCGGUCACCACUCAAACUGUAACGAAAACCAUCAGAAAGUACGUAACGACGUUGCAAACCGGUGAAAUUAUUACUAGAGACUACAAGAUAAGUUAUGAAGAAGCAUUAAAUAGUGGAUUGAUUGACGAAAGUAGAAAUGAAUUUAAAGAUCCUGACUCGGGAGUGACGAUGUCUAUCGAAGAUGCUAUUGAACAGAGUCUGCUCGGUACUGAUGUUCGUCAGCAUGUUGUGCACUCGUCUCGAGAACACACUCCAGCACACACAACUUUCGAAAGCACUCUAACGGCAAGUAUCGAGGACAUAUCUAGAAGAAGCGAGUCACCACCUAGAGCAGUUGGAACGGUUACUACUAUCAUUACCAAAGAGAUAACUCCACAAGCGUCUUCCACACCGAGAAAGGAAUCUUCUUCUAUUACGAUGACGAUCGCAUCAUCGCCAGUAACUGAUUCUAUUUCUUCUGUGACAGAUUCACUCGUACCUAAGACUGGAGAAAUGACAAUAUCAUCCACGACAAUUAAUGAGGCAACCAAAUCUCAAACAUCCGAGAUAACAUUGGAAAGAACUUUCGUUGAAGAAACACAUGUAGAAAGUCAUACAGGUACUCUUAAAUUACCUGAUGAAUUAUCUGAUGAAAAACAAGAUAUGGAAACAAAAGUAAUGGCAUCAGCUACACCAAGUACAGCUACACCAAGUACAAGUCACAAAUCAGAAAUCAUGAAAUUUAUAGAGAACGAACGUGCUGUCACUGAUAAACGGGUGUUCGAAUUGCCUGCGGAUGGUUGGACACUCGCCGAGGCUAUCGACAGGAAACUAUUUGAUCCUGCGACAGGUCUCUUCAUAAUUCCAGGCACCGACAGAUUAGUUUCUUUUGAAGAAUGCAUUAAGCUGCAAAUCAUCAAUCCAAAUUCUGGUUUUGUUAUCGAUCCCAACAACGGGAGAAGAGUAUCUCUGGUGCGAAGCUUGGAAAAAAAUAUUUUAGACUCCACGGGUCACUAUAGUUAUCCGCAAAAAAUUUCUAUGAGAGAAGCGAUCGUGAAUGGACUGGUUAUAUUGGAAGAUGGUUCGAAUGCCGACAAGGAUAAUGCUAAUCAAAGACUUUUGCAGAUCACAAGAGUUUCGGGUCAACCUGACAUAGUAAAGUUGACGCAUAUUGGCGAUCCUUCUCAGCAAACGGAAAUAAAGGUCAGCGAUGACAUGUCCAUGCCAGAUCCAGUACAGGUAACUCAGGGAGUAAUUUAUGAUCCAGGAACAGCUUUAGUGAUCUCCACGAAAACCGGCAAAUCUGCGAAUCUCCUGGCCGCGGUCUCCGAAGGAACAAUACCAUCUACUGCUGUAAUUAUUAAGGAUCCAACGACCGGUAAAGAUAUUAGCAUGGCGGAGGCUGUCAAUCGUGGUAUCCUUGACAUGAACACAUCCGAAUAUAAAAUCGACGGUGGCAGGAAGAUAUCACUGCUUGAUGCGACAAAGUUCGGAGUGAUAUCCGUUCUUGGCGCUCCUCUUGCGGCCACCGCGGCUGCUAUAGAAGCCGUGCAGAGAACAAUGGUUAAAGAUCCAAUAACCGGUCAGAAAAUACCAAGAGAAGUUGCCAUCGAACGUGGUAUCAUUCCAAUGCACGAAAAUGCAACUUCGCCGAUUGUUGAAUCUGCAGGUGAUACAUUUGACGGUGAAAAUGAAAAGGUUGUCGCGCAAGUUAUAGUACACGGUGAAUCUGAAAAAGUUUACGUGCCGAAAGAAGAUACUAAAAGCGCAUUAUUUACUGAUUCGUCAACAUCUAUCAAUGACGUUCCAGAUGGCGAGAGUCUGGCCACGAAAACCAGAGCGCGAGUGACGGUCGAACCGAGAUAUCAGGUUACAAUUGGUAAAGCGAGAACUAUAUCGCAGAGUCCUGAGCGGGAAGCGAAGCCUAUCGUUCUUCAAAAGAUGCGAAAAAGAAUAGUCAAGGUCGAAGAGGCCUUGCAGAGCGGUCUCAUCGAUGUAGAAACAGCGAAUACCUUUGCGAAGAAAAUGUGCAACGAGAAAGGAGAACCGAUUACUCUCUCCGAAGCUAUCCGCGACAAUCGAAUAAAUGCUGAUCAAGGACAGAUUGUGGAUCCUCAAAGAGGCGACGUGCUCACUAUUAAACAAGCCGUCGAUCGCGGAAUCUUGGAUCCGGAGAACGCGCACAUAUUAGUGCCUUUGGCGAAGAGUCUGUCCGUGCACAGCUUGUACAGGCAAGGUUUGUUAGAUCCUUUAGAAGGUAAAAUCGUUCAUCCGGAAACUGGUGCGCAUCUUACUCUCAACGAAGCUAUAGUGUGUGAAAUAGUAGAUCCUUUAUCCAAUUUGAUGUUUACUAUUGACGGUCGCACAGAAACAUUGCAGUCUGCUAUCGCGAACGAUAUCAUUGACCCGGACAGAUUGUUGGUGAAGACACAAGGUGGCAGCGUAAAUCUAGUCAAGGCCAUAGAGAAUAAAGUAUUCGAAUUGAAAGAACCAAUUGAAUCUUCUGACAUACCGCCAGCCGGAAUGACAUUCCCUGUCGCGUUAAAACGUGGAUUGAUAGAUACGAGUAGAAAGGAAGUUCGUCAUCCGAUUACUGGGGAGCAUCUACCAUUGGAAGAUGCUAUAAAAGAAGAUUUUAUCAUGGCAUUACCUUAUCCAAUGGCUCCUGACAGCAUAGAAAUCACGAAAGCUCUGGAAUCGGGAUUGAUCGAUAGAGAUAAUGAUAUAUUUUUCCAUCCUACUACGGGAACUCCAAUUUCCAUUGCCGAAGCUGUUGAGUCUGGUUUACUUAUCAUCAAACCACCGGUCCGCGGCGAGAACACGAUCGCUGCUAUCACCGAGACAAUUACGUCGUAUCACACUAUCACGACCAAGACUGUUGAACUUUUGCCAGGUUACGCGCUGAAGAGCGCAAUGGAGGUGCAAGAUAUCAAUACCGGUAAUAUUAUUGCCGUCGAAGAAGCUCGACGACGAGGUAUCAUUAAAGACGAAUCGGAAAGCAAGGAAGAAUUUACGACGAAAGACAUCAAAAUGUCUUUCGAUCACGCGGUAGAGAAAGGUCUCGUGGAUAUGGAGAAAGGUAUUUAUACUGAUCCGUGUACUGGCAUCACAAUGCCUAUCGCCAAGGCUGUCGAAGAAGGAAUUCUCGAUACUUCAUCUAGCAAGAGUGAAUCUGUAUCACCUAGAAAAUCCAAUAAUAGUUUGACCGUGUUAGAGGCAGUCGAGCAGAUUUACGAUGAAGCAACAGGAACGUUUAAAGAUCCUGAGACGAAUGAAUCGUACAACUUGAAGGAAGCAAUGGAAGUGGGCCUAAUCGAAUCUGAUUCCGUGCUUUAUAAUGUAAAAACCAAAGAAACUAUUACUACCAAGGAAGCAAUUGAAAAAGGCCUACUCGAUCCCACUACUGGAAAAAUGAAGACCGUACGAGAUCAGAAGAAUCGUCCAAUUAGCAUAACAGAAGCUACAAAAAUGGGUCUUUUGGCAGUCAUCGCCGCACCGGUUCUGGCUGGAAAAGCAGUAGUUGACGCAAUUUCAAGUCACAAAUCUAAGGAAACAAAGCCGGAUGUACUCGUGACGGCGAAACCAUCCAUCGUACAUACAGCAAAGGAGGAGACACCUGCAGAAACUUCAACACAAGUUACUUCAACACAAGUUACUUCAACACAAGUUACUUCAACACAAGUUACUUCAACACAAAUUCAAGUUAGCCAGAGGCCUUCUCAUUCCGAUUCACAUGAAGUAUCCAAAGAAGCGCCUAUCUCACAAGAGAGUAAAAAUUCAAACGAGGCGAUGACAGAAGAAUAUUCAUCUAUACAGAAAACAGAAUCUUUAUACACGGAAGAGAUGGACAUUGUGGAUAUGGAAAUGGAGGACGAUAAUAAAUUAACGACAAUCACGGAUGAAGAAAUGCCUAAACAAGUUUCGAUAAUUAUUACGAAAGAAUUGACGCCUCAGGCUCUCGCGAAAUUUGGAGUAUUUGAUCCAGUUAGAGAAAAGUUUUUAGAUCCAGAGACAGGCACUAUCAUUUCCUUCAACGAUUUAGUCUUGAAUCUGAAAGUUUUCGAUCCUGAUCGGGUGCUUGUUAAGGAUCUAUCUUCUAAGACGGAUUUGUAUGUGAAAUUGCGUGAGGCGAUCAGCAGGCCUCUUAUAGAUCGAAAUAUUGCUUACAUGGUUGAUCCAAAAACUGGUAAGAAGAUACCGUUCUUCGAGGCAGUACGUUUAGGAUGGAUUAAAGAGGAACUAGAAGACGAAUCAGAAAAAGAACAACUCACAGAAGCGCAACCUCUGAGUUUGCAGGAAGCUAUCGAUAUCGGUAUAUGUAAUCCUAUCACAGGAACCAUCCAAAAUCCUGAGUCAGGACAAGCAUUAUCAAUGAGUGAGGCUAUCGACAUGGGACUCAUCGAUCCUGAGUUACUUAGCGUAAGAAAUCCGAUCACUGAAGAGCUCAUGCCGCUGUCCGAGGCGCUGGAAACCGAAGCUCUCAAUCUGCGUAAAGACAUUAUCAAUAUGGAAACUAAUACAGAAGUCGAUGUCGUCACGUCCGCGUUUUUGCAAGGACUGAUUGUGCCUACUUCUCGCAAACCGAUUUCGCUGGAAGCCGUCAUCAGGAAAGAUCUCUAUGAUACCGAGACGGGUAAGAUACAAGAUCCAUUUACCAAACAACCGAUCGACAUCGAGGAGGGUGUCCGUAGAGGUAUUGUCGAUGCGUUUAUCACCGAGGUCGAGGAUACCAAGGCCGGUUCAUCCGUUUCAUUGGACGACGCGCUGACGAUGAACUUGAUUCUCAACACAGGUCGUUUAUGCGAUACAAGAGCAGGAGAACUUCUACCAUUGGACGUAGCGCUUAACAAAAAUUUAAUUAUUACAACACCAUUUGUGCUUUCAUUGAUCGAUGCGAUUGUUCAGGAGUAUUAUUCGCCAAAGACUGGCCUCGUUUUGAAUCCCAUGACAGGGGAAAAUUUAACACUGAAUGAAGCAUUGGCUAUCGGUUACGUAAACGGUUCUACGACAAUGAUAAAAGACGAUAGAAAAGACAAAGUUAUUUCUCUUCGCGAUGCAGAAGAAUGUAAGCUAAUAGAUUUAGUAAAAGGAACACUGAUUUAUCCACAUUCCAUGACAUUAGACAUUGCUUUUGAAAAAGGAUACAUCUUGAGUACUGUAAAGCCAUGGACAUUGCAAGAGGCUUUAGCUCUUCAAGUUUACGAUCCGAAAACCGGUAGUUUUAACAUUGACGGUAAUAAUUAUACCUUAGAAGAAAUGAUUGAGAGGAAUUUUAUUAGCAAGGACGGUCCGUCGAUUAAAGAUCCAAGAAAUAAUGAUAUUAUAUCUCUAGGUGACGCUAUUAAACACGGCUUCGUCAAUGCAAAGACUGGUACAGCUAUUGAUCCAUGUACCAGUGUGCCUCUUUCGUUGACUGAUGCAUUAGAUCGUGGCUUCGUCGUUCCUGCGAAACGCAAAAUAUCCUUACCUGAUGCAGUAUUCAAAGGUUUAUAUGAUCCAAAGACUGGACAAUUCACAGUGCCUGAUACACAAGAGAAGCUUCCUACUGAUCGUGCGAUUAAAAUGGGCGUGAUAGACACGACGACUGCAAUCGUACGAGAUCCCAAUGGUGAUGUAAUAACAUUCAACAAGGCUAUCAAGACUUCGAUUGUCGAUCCCAAGUCUGGAACAGUCAGUCAUGCUAGAGGACCUCCCGUAGAUUUUCAGGAAGCGUUGGAACGCGGUCUGCUUCUUGAAACAAGAAGACCGAUGAGCUUUAGCGAAGCUAUUUCGAAAGGUAUUCUCGAUGAGAAAACUAAUAAAUUCUUAGAUCCGCAGACGGGAAUUUAUUUGACAAUAUUGGAAGCUAUUCAAAAGAAUUUGAUAGAUGCUGAUUCAGUUACCGUCAAAGAUACAAGGUCUAGCAUCUGGAAAACUAUGACAUUGAUGGAAGCUAUAGAUUUGGGUUACGUGAAUGGCACUACUGGUUAUCUCAAGGAUCCUAGCAAAAGCAACAGAAACGUAUCUCUAAGGGACGCCUUUGAAUCUGGCCUCAUCGUGGACAGCAGAGCCGCCGUGUCCUUACAACGUAUCAUUCAUCAAGGAUUAUACGACGAUAACACAGGCAAAAUCACCGAUUCUAGUACAGGAAGAACCGUAACGUUACACGAAGCAAUGAGGAAAUGCAUUAUCAGCCCUACGUUACCGUGUUACUGGGACAAACGUGGCGAGCGAUUGUUAUCGUUGGCAGAGACGUGUCGCGCUGGUGUGAUCGAUAGACGUACCGGUAUGUUCAAGGAAUUAGGCGCCAGUGGUUCGGUUUCGUUGUCAGUCGCGUUACAACUUGGCCUGAUCGUCGACAUUGAAAGUAUGGGAUUCAGUCUUUAUGAGACCUUAUUGAUGAACAUGUAUGAUAUCUCAUCGGGCAAAUUUGUACAUCCGACCAACAAUCGCAAGCUGACGCUGGCCGAGUCAUGUCAAGUGGAUCUGAUAAAUCCGUUGACGUCAAUUGUCAAAUGUAGCAAGUCUAACAGAUACAUUCCCUUGGCUGAGGCGAUCUCCGCUGGCAUCAUCGAUGAUAUUCGCGGCAUGUAUGUCAUUCGUGAGCUAGACAAAACAAUUAAUCUGCAGGAAGCGAGGAAGAAGGGCUUCAUUGUCACGUCGAAGAUGCCUCUAUCGAUCGAGGAGGCAGUCAAAUGUCAUCUUUAUCGCGGGGACAGUGGCAAGUUCGCUGAUCCUGUCGCCAAUGAAUAUCAUGAUCUGCUUCAAGCAAUCAAUUGUGGCCUCGUAGAUCCAGAUACUACCGCUUUGAAGGAUGCGACAACUGGACAGAUCAAAUCAUUGUUGUCAGGAAUCGAGGAUGGAACGGUCGAUGUGUCUCGAGGCAGAAUAUUGGAUCCCAAGACGACGCGCGCUUUUAAUAUCGAUGUUGCUUUAGAAAGAGGUUUGUUGGUCACGAUCGAUAAAUCUCUGGCACAGCAGAUGGCUCAUCGAUCACCUUUAGAAGUUUCCAAAGUCGGACCUGGCGAUAGAAGCGUCAAAGAGUGCACUCUAGAAGAAGCUAUCAAUUUCGAAUUGAUCGAUCCGAAUACGUCAGUUGUGAAAGAUCCCAGGACCGGUCGGUUCAUAACGACGACGAGAGCGAUAGCGGACGGUAUCGUGGAUUCAUCCGUCAAAGGCACGAUCGAACUGAACGGCGGAGGCAAAAGAGAACCGCGUUUCGUGCGUUUCGGCGAUGUCACUAUAUUCGUUAGGGAACCUCUCGCUUUCGAGGAGGCGAUCGAAAAGGAGUAUCUGUCGCUGGAAUCGGGCAAACUCACGGAUCCGAUCUCGAACGAGCAGUUGACUCUCAAGGAGGCGGUCGGCCUCGGUAUCGUAGACUCAGAUUCGGCACUAAUCAAAGACUCGCAGAAAAAGAAGCUAGUAAAAUUGCCGGAAGCCUUCCGCAAGGGCAUGAUGGACGCGGAGAAGGGUAACGUUCUAGAUACGGCCACGUCCAAAUUGUACAGUUUGUCCAAGGCCCUGGAAACCGGUCUGUUGAUCACUCCGAGAAACGGCGUCUCGUUUAUCGAAGCGCUGCAGUUUGGUCUUUACAAUCCGACGACAGGCGGUUUUCACGAUCCAUUUGUUGUCACCUCAGUGUUAGAUCGCAAACGUCUCACGUUGGCAGACGCGAUCGAAUCGGGUUUGAUCGAUCCGUCUACUACUGUGAUUAAAGAUCCGUUGACGGGUAAUAUCGAGAGUUUGUUAGAAGUGAUAAAUAGUGGGAAAGUAGAUUCCGUGGAGGGCAGGUUAAUCGAGGACACGGACGGCAAGAGUAUCGACUUCGUGAAGGCCUUGGAGCGGGGUUAUAUACUCGCCGCUGAAGCCAGGCAAGCGGUGGAGGAAAAAUAUAAGCUCUGCGACGAAAGCUUGUCUAAGCUUUUACAAUGGAUUUCCGAAGUUGAGGACAAGUUGGCGAAUCAAGAUACCGUGAAAGAGGAUGUGGAAGAGUUGAGAAAGCAGAUAAUUACCAUGAAAGAUAUUAAGGAGGAUCUUGAGUCGCACAAUCGGCCCGUAUCAUCCUGUCUGGAUCAGAUUCGACAAGUCGUCUUGACCGGCAGCAACGUCUUGUCCAGCGAUGAAGUGUCCACGUUGGAGAAGAACGGUCGGUCCCUCAAAACCCGAUUCGACAAAGCGUUAGAUCGCACUGAUAAAUUAGUGAAACGUCUCACUGGUGCCAGAGAUGAAUUGACAAAGUUCAAGAAUGAGUUGACGACAUUUUCAAUUUGGUUGGAUAAGACCAGAUGUAUUCUCGAGGAUAAAGAACGUUCCCUGUCCGAUUUGAAUAAGCUGAGCAGUAGUACGGAUACGACUCGCGAUUUCAUCAGCGAUGUCAUUGCUCAUCAAGCAGACCUGAGAUUCAUCACGAUGGCAGCGCAAAAAUUCGUCGACGAGAGUAAAGAAUAUCUUCAAGUUCUCAACGAUUUCAGAACUAGCUUGCCGCAAAGAUUGCCACACAAGGAACUCACAGCUAGCCAAGACUCGCCAGUACGAGCUGAAGUAUCCAGCGCGACAGCUCAAUACAAAGAUUUAUUGUCCCGGGCAAAUCUUUUGUCAGAUAGAUUAUCAGGCGUCGGUGGCAAACAGAGAGAUUAUCACGAUUCUCUGGAUAAAGCUAGAACGUGGUUGCGGGAGGUCGAACCGAAAGUGCACAGAGUUAUCUCUGAGCCUAUCGCCGCCGAACCAAAACAAGUAGAAGAUCAACUGAGCAAAGCCAAGGCAUUGAACAACGAAUUUCUCGCUAAUGAACGUUUGGUCGAUAAUGCUAAACAUAGCGUUGAGGCUCUACUGAAUUCCCUGGAAGGCCAACUGACGAUGAAGGAGGCUAACGACCUCGAAGAACCGGUGAGAGCGUUAGAGGAUAAGUAUAAACAACUUAGUAACGCCCUGGCUGAGAAAUGUCAGGAGCUCGACACGGCGCUAGUGAGAAGCCAAGGAGUGCAAGAUGCAUUGGACAGUCUGGUUGCGUGGCUGAACAAUAUUGAAAGUCAAUUUAAGUCGCUUCAACGCCCGGCAAGUUUGCAGAAGGAACGCUUGGAAGAGCAGCAAAGAGAGCAGCGAUUGCUUCAGGCGGAUCUAGAUAGUCACCGUUUGAGCGUGGAAACUAUCACAAGAAACGCUCAGGAUCUUCUUUUAAAUUCCAGCAACGUUCGGAUUGCUAAACGUAUCGAGAGUAAAUUAAAAGAUGUACAAAGCAGAUUUGAGAAACUGAUGGACAAAUCCUUGAGGCGCGGUGAAUUUUUAGAUGAAAUUGCGCAAGCCCUGAACGAAUUCCUCGCGGACGUAUCCAAAUUCGAGAGUUGGUACGCGCAUAUGAUGGAAGUUCUCGACUCGAGAGAUCUGGGCAAGCUUGAUAUGUCGGAAUAUGAGGCCAAGAUGGCCCGAUUGAUAGACAUGCGGGAAGAUCAGCGCGGAAACUUCGAAGAUCUCAUACGAAACGGAAAGAAUUUAAUCUCCAAGAAGGAUAUAACCGAAGCAGGCGCGAUUAGAGAUAAAAUCAAGGCGCUCGAGUCUCAAUGGAAGGAAUUGAAUAAUCUCCUCGACGAGAAACAACGAUUGUGCAAAUCACGGGCGGAGCAACAUACGGCAUAUGAGAAACUGCGGGAUCAAGUACUCGAAUGGCUUACCCGCACGGAGAAUAAAGUGCAAGGACUCGAACCGAUUGCCGUUGAUUUAGACAAACUAAAGAUGCAACAGGAGGAGUUAAAACCCAUACAAAAAGAAUAUCGCGACUACGGCAAUACUGUCGAUAAAAUCAACGAUCUAGGUAUCGCGUAUGAUAGCUUGAUGAAGGAACGCGGCGAAAGUCCGACUCGUCGACGUGGCAGUACUAGCCCGACAAAAAGGCCAGUACUGCGAAUGUCGCAAGACGGUCGCUCGCCGUCACCCACUAAAUCCUACGCGGUUCAAAGUCCGGUCUCUCCAGGUGGUAGCAGCGGAUUCAGCAGUCGUCGUUCGAGUCAAGAUGGAUUCCAUUUGGAAGAAUUAUCGCCGGUUCAACAGCAGCUUUCGGAAAUUAAUCACAGAUAUGGAUUACUUGGCGUCAGACUGUCGGAUCGCCAAACAGAAUUGGAUAAUAUUAAAGAAGAAGUGAAAAAGCAUUUGGAUCAUCUGAAAGUACUCUCUCAAUUCUUGGACAAGAUUCAACGACAGUUGCCUAAAGAAAGUAUGCCUGUCACUAAAGAUGAUGCGGACAAAACAAUCAAGCAGGUAAAGAUUCUCGUCGAAGAGAUGUAUGAAAAACAGUCUCUACUAGACAGCACUCGAACGCAAGUGCGUGAUUUAGUCAGACGUAAAAAAGGAGCAGACGGUGUGGAUAGAUUGAACGACGAGAUGGAAGACGUUGUUAGUCGAUGGAAAUCCAUCUCGGACAAAUGCAAGGACAGAAUUAAAUUCUUGGAAGACAUCAAAGACUUUUACGACACGUAUGAGAGUCUUGAUUCUUGGCUCGGCGCUAAAGAACGAAUGCUGAGCGCUUUGGGACCCAUUUCAGCCGAUCCUCGUAUGGCUGCGAGCCAAAUGCAGCAAGUGCAAGUCUUGCGAGAAGAAUUUAGAACUCAACAGCCGCAAUCGGAUCACCUGGCACAAAUCGGAGAAAGCAUUCUCAUCGCGAUAUCUAUAGAUUCUCCGGACGGACAAAAGAUAAACGCGAGAUUGCAGAGCAUUCGGCAGAGAUGGGCGGAUCAAAUGAGAAGAUUGGACGAAAGAGCUCAGAGUUUAGGAGAUGCCGCUGAUACCAGUCGCGAGUUCGACGCCAGUCUUAACCGAUUACGGAAUGCCCUGCAAGGAAUUUCAGAUAACUUGGACGAAUUGAGUCUCGAAAAAGACCCUGAAGAACAACUUCGUAAAAUCGAAAAUCUAGAGAGGCAAUUGGAAGGUCAGAGACCGUUAUUAGCGGACGUGGAGAUGGCCGGUGCUCAAUUGUGCGAAGUUUUAAGUGAUCCAGCAUCGAAAUCCGAGAUCCAAGGAAAGCUUGCCACCGUUGGCAAGAUGUACAACAACUUACAGAAGAAGUUAGAUCAUAGGAAAGCUGAAAUUGAAGGUAAUCUUCGAGAUGGAAGACAAUUUGAGGCAUCUUGUAGCAGAACUCUCGGAUGGCUUGCGGACGAACUCGGUAGCAUGUCUGAAAAAUUAUUGGUAUCUGCCGACAGAGAGGUUUUGCAGCAACAACUUGAUCAUCACGAACCUGUGUAUCGAAAUGUAAUGGGCAAAGAACAUGAAGUCAUAAUGUUGUUGAACAAAGGACGCGAUAUACUUGCAAGAUCUCAGAAAACUGAAAACCGCUCUCUCCAGCGCGACUUGGAUAAAAUGCAAUCGCAGUGGGAUCGUUUGAAGAAAGAUACCGUCGAAAGACACACUAGAUUGCAAACUUGCGCUGAGCAUUGCAAGAAAUAUUACAAAGCCCAAGACGUAUUUCUUCCGUGGCUUCGACAAGCUGAAGACAAAUUGGAUAGUUUAAUUCCCACUUCCUUCAGACGUAAGGACAUUGAAAAGCAGUUAAAGGAAUUAUCAUCGUUCAGAAAUGAAGUAUGGAAACACUCUGGAGAAUUCGAGAAUAACAAGAUGCUUGGCGAGACAUUCGUCAGUGCUUGCGAUAUUGAUAAACAAAAUGUGAAGAAUGAGCUUGGUGCUAUGAAAACCAGAUGGGAUAAAUUAAAUAAUGAUUUGCUAUCUAGGACACAAUCGUUGGAAGAUACUGCACGACACUUAAUGGACUUUAAUGAGAACUUGCGUGAUUUGCAGCAUAGUUUACAACGUUGUGAAGAUAAAUUAGCUUCGCAUGAUGCUCUUGGUGGAGCGGCUAAAGAUCCGAAACUUCUUGAUAGAAUAAAGAAUUUACGAGAAGAGACAACAAACUUGAAGAAACCUUUACAAUGCGUUAGACAACAGGCUAAUGAUCUUGUGAAUAAAGCCGGUGAACAAGGCGUCGAUGCAACACAUUUACAAGAUGAAAUCGAUAAUGUUACCGAUCGUAUCAAUGACUUACAAGCAAAACUGGACGAUAGAUGUAACGAGCUGCAAAGCGCAGCGACAGCGGUUGCGCAAUUUAAUGAUCAAGCUAAAUCUAUCAGUCAACAUCUGUCCGCUCUCGAAAAAGAUUUAGAUUCCAUGAAGGCACCUGGUAGGGAAAUUAAAAUUGUACGAGGCCAAUUGGAAGAUACUGCCAAAGUCAUCAGCAAAAUUAAUAAACUGUACGAGGAAAUCGGCGAUCUGCAGAAUCGUGGUGAACGAUUGGUUGAUCACGGUUUUGCUGCCGAUGCUGUAGCAACUAGAGAUCAAGUUGACGGAUUUAAACGACAAAUUGGCAAACUGGAUGAGCGUGCGCGUGCCAGAGAAGAUGAGCUCACUUCCACUUUGAAUAAAUUACAAGAAUUCUAUCAGUUGCAUGCAAACGUUAUAGAAGGUAUUAGUGACGCGAACGAACAAGUCAGAAAGUUCAAACCUGUUGGAUCUGAAGUGGAUUCGAUUAAGGCUCAACAAGAAGACUUCCGUGCUCUUAAAGUCAAGAAGAUUGAACCAUUAGCGCAUGCUGUUGAAGAAUGUAAUGCGCUCGGUCAAGGUUUAAUACAAACUGCAGGACGAGAUGUCAAUACCAGCAAUAUCGAGAAGGAUGUUGAUAAGAUGAAUGAAAGAUGGAAUGAUCUGAAAGACAGGCUGAAUGAGCGGGACCGCAAAUUGGAUGUUGGAUUAUUACAAUCGGGCAAAUUCCAAGAAGCUUUGGAUGGCCUAGAAAAAUGGUUAACCGAUACGGAAGAGAUGGUUUCAAAUCAGAAACCACCAUCCUCAGAUUACAAAGUUGUGAAAGCGCAGUUGCAAGAACAGAAGUUCUUACGAAAGAUGUUGCUAGAUCGUCAAAAUUCUAUGUCUUCUCUCUACAACAUGGGACGGGAGGUGGCCGCCGAUGCUGAUUCAAAGGAGCGCAAAGCUAUCGAAAAACAAUUGAACAAUCUUAUAGGCAGAUUCGAUAAUCUGACGGAAAGCGCCGCGGAAAGAAUGGACGCUCUCGAGCAAGCUAUGGUGGUAGCGAAAAAAUUCCAAGAUAAAUUGGUACCGCUUGCCAUUUGGUUGGACAAGACGGAAAAGAAAGUGAAGGAUAUGGAAUUAGUUCCUACCGACGAGGAGAAAAUACAGCAACGUAUCAGCGAACACGAUAUCCUGCAUGAAGACAUUAUAUCCAAGACACCUGAUUUCAGCGAACUUACGGAGAUAGCCAGUCAAUUAAUGUCUCUCGUAGGCGAGGACGAAGCUACUACAUUGGCUGAUAAACUUCAAGAUGCGGCAGAUAGAUAUGCCGCUUUGGUCGAGAGAUCCGAGGCUCUCGGCAGUUUGCUACAACGCUCGAGACAAGGAUUGCGUCAUCUGGUUCUCACGUACCAAGAUCUACAAGCGUGGAUGGAAAGUAUGGAGAUCCGAUUGUCAAAAUAUCGCAUUUUGGCUGUACACACGGAGAAACUUUUGCAACAAAUGGAAGAUCUCGCAGAUCUCACAGAAGAAGUCUCGACGCGACAAACAGAGGUUGACAGCACCGUGGAUUCCGGUCUAGAGUUGAUGAAACAUAUCUCGAGCGACGAGGCGCUUCAAUUGAAGGAUAAAUUGGACUCCUUGCAACGACGAUUUAACGAUCUCGUCACACGCGGCUCGGAUCUUUUGAAACACGCUCAAGAGUCCUUACCGCUGGUGCAACAAUUCCAUGACAAUCACAAUCGAUUGAUGGAUUGGAUGCAGGGCGCGGAAUCCGCUCUACAGUCGGCUGAACCUCGCGAAGAGGAGAUUAUUCGACUUGAGAUGGAAAUAUCGGAGUACAGGCCUGUUUUGGACAAGAUCAAUGCGGUGGGUCCACAAUUAUGUCAAAUGUCACCAGGAGAGGGUGCCGCGACUAUUGAAGGUCUUGUAACUAGAGACAACAGACGAUUCGACGCAAUUGCUGAGCAGAUUCAGAGGAAAGCAGAGAGAAUUCAGUUGAGCAAGCAGCGGUCCUUGGAGGUAAUUGGCGACAUUGAUGAUCUACUUGAUUGGUUUAGAGAAGUAGAUAACCAACUCCGAGAGGCCGAGCCGCCUAGUAGCGAACCUGAGAUUAUUAGAGUACAACUAAAAGAACACAAAGCACUCAAUGAUGAUAUAUCCAGUCAAAAAGGCAGAGUGCGAGAUGUCAUAUCGAUGGCGAAGAAGGUAAUACGUGAGAAUGCUCAACACGAAGAUACAUCUACAAUCAGAGAUAAGAUGGAGGAUUUACGAGAAACAAUGGAGAUUGUAUCGAGUCUAUCAACAGACAGAUUGGGAGCUUUGGAACAAGCUUUACCGUUAGCCGAGCAUCUUCGCGAUACUCACGCUGGUCUAGUCAGUUGGCUCGAAGAGGCUGAACAACAAGUCGCCAUGCUACCCAUGCCCGCUUUGCGGCCUGAUUUAAUAGCGGCGCAGCAGGACAAGAACGAGCUUCUCUUGCAGAGCAUCAACGAGCAUAAACCUUUGGUGGAGAAACUUAACAAGACUGGCGAAGCUCUUAUUAAAUUGUGCAAUGAAGAAGAAGGUAUGAAGGUACAAGACAUUCUGGAAAACGACAAUGCUCGCUAUGCGGCAUUGAGAGCCGAGCUAAGAGGCCGACAACAGGCGUUAGAACAGGCACUGCAAGAAUCCUCGCAGUUUUCCGAUAAACUGGAGGGUAUGCUGCGCGCGCUGUCUUCCACCGCCGAUCAAGUGAACGGCGCUGAACCUGUUAGCGCUCAUCCAGCUCGUUUGCGCGAUCAGAUGGAAGAAAAUGCGGCUCUAGCAGAUGAUCUCGCUCAGCGUUCCGAAGCUUAUGCAGCCGUUAAGAAAGCGGCGGACGAUGUGAUUAGCAAGGCUGGCAAUAGGGCCGAUCCAGCAGUAAAGGACAUCAAACGUAAAUUGGACAAACUCAACAAAUUAUGGGCCGAUGUGCAGAAAGCUACGACCGAUCGCGGUCACACUUUGGACGAUACUCUGGCCAUCGCCGAAAAGUUUUGGGCCGAGCUGAAUGGAGUUAUGGCCACUUUGAGAGAACUGCAAGAUGCACUCGCUGGACAGGCACCACCGGCAGCUCAGCCAGCCGCCAUCGAACAGCAGCAAGUAGCGUUGCAGGAAAUUAGACAAGAAAUCGAUCAGACCAAGCCGGAUGUUGAGCAGGUCAGAGCAUCGGGACACGAAUUGAUGGGCUUAUGUGGCGAGCCGGAUAAACCUGAAGUACGAAAGCACAUCGAAGAUUUAGAUCAAGCUUGGGACAAUGUCACCGCUCUAUAUGCCAGACGUGAAGAGAAUCUGAUUGAUGCCAUGGAGAAGGCAAUGGAGUUCCAUGAAACGUUGCAGAAUCUAUUAGAGUUCUUGAAAGAGGCCGAGGUCAGAUUCGAUCAUAUGGGCCCGCUCGGUAGUGACAUCGACGAGGUGAAGAAGCAAAUUAAGCAGCUAGCCAACUUCAAGGCUGAGGUGGAUCCGCACAUGGUGAAGGUCGAGGCGUUGAACAGGAGUCUGACAAGGCAAGCGGCCGAAUUAACGGAAAGAACCUCUUCUGAACAAGCAGCAGCCAUCAAGGAACCGCUCGGUGACGUGAACAAGCGAUGGGAUGGAUUAUUGAGAGGUUUGGUGGAGAGGCAACGAUUACUCGAGAAUGCAUUAUUGCGACUUGGUCAAUUCCAGCACGCUUUGGACGAGUUGUUGGUAUGGAUCGAAAAAACUGAUUCGACUUUGGAUAAUCUCAGACCAGUAGCGGGUGACCCGCAAGUGAUCGAGGUCGAAUUGGCUAAACUGAAAGUCCUAGUGAAUGACAUACAGGCUCAUCAGACCAGCGUUGACACCCUGAACGAUGCUGGACGUCAAUUGAUCGAAGAUGGUAAAGGUACCGCGGAAGCGUCCACUACAGCUGAUAAGUUAGGCACCCUGAAUCGCCGUUGGCGAGAUUUAUUGCAACGCGCCGCUGAUCGCCAACGAGAAUUGGAAGAUGCCUUACGAGAGGCGCAAUCCUUUACCGCCGAGAUACAGGACUUGCUAUCUUGGCUGGGCGAUGUUGAUAGCAUGAUAGUAGCUUCCAAGCCCGUUGGCGGAUUGCCCGAGACGGCAUCCGAACAAUUGGAGCGUUUCAUGGAAGUGUACAACGAGCUGGAGCAGAACCGACCGAAAGUGGAGACGGUAUUGCAACAAGGACAGGAGUAUCUAAAGAAAGCGGAUACGACCAGCGCCGGUGGACUGAAUCACAAUCUGCGAACAUUGAAACAGAAAUGGGACAACGUGCUUGCGCGCGCCAGCGAUAAAAAAAUAAAACUGGAAAUCGCCCUGAAGGAAGCCACUGAAUUCCAUGACGCGUUACAAGCCUUCGUCGAUUGGUUGACCAACGCCGAGAAGAUUCUAACGAAUCUCAAACCCGUCUCAAGGGUCAUGGAAACGAUACUUCAACAAAUUGAAGAACACAAAGCGUUUCAGAAGGAUGUAGGCGUUCAUCGCGAGACUAUGUUAAAUCUCGACAAAAAGGGCACUCAUCUCAAAUACUUUUCUCAAAAACAGGACGUAAUUCUUAUAAGAAACUUGCUCGUCAGCGUGCAACACAGAUGGGAGCGUGUGGUCUCCAAGUCGGCCGAGAGAACGAGGGCCUUGGAUCACGGUUACAAAGAAGCUAGAGAAUUCCACGAUAGUUGGUCGAACUUAAUGUAUUGGUUGGAUGAAACCGAGAAGACAUUGGACGAAGUCGCUGCUGACGGACUUGGUGGCAACGAUCCGGAUAAGAUUAAAUCUCGCCUCAACAAACACCGUGAGAUACAAAAGGCUCUGAGUGCCAAGCAAAGCACGUAUGAUACCACUAUGAAGAAUGGCAAAACAUUAAAGGACAAAGCACCGAAGACCGAUGAGCCUGCUUUGAGAGAACUCUUGAACGAAUUGAAGAACAAAUGGACCACAGUCUGCGGUAAAUGUGUGGAUCGACAGAGGAAAUUGGAAGAGGCCCUGCUAUUCUCCGGACAAUUCAAGGACGCGAUUCAAGCAUUGCUGGAAUGGCUGAGCAAGACCGAGAAAUACUUGGCCAGCACCGGACCAUUGCACGGCGAUUUGGAUACAGUGACCAAUCUAAUGGAGCAGCAUAAGACCUUCGAGAGGGAUCUAGAAUCUCGUGCAUCGCAAAUGGAAUCUGUUAUCAAGACUGGUCGCGAAUUAGAAUCUAAGGCUUCGAUUGAGGACGCAUCGAUGAUCCGCUCGCAGUUGUCCGAAUUAAACAGCCUCUGGGAUAGAGUGACCAGUCUCUCGUCCAAGAAGUCUUUGCAGCUAGAAGAAGCCCUCAGGGAGGCUGAACGACUUCACAAAGCUGUGCACGUGUUGUUGGAAUGGUUGAGCGAUGCGGAGAUGAAGUUGCGAUUCGCCGGACCGCUACCAGAGGAUGAGCAAGAGAGUAGAAACCAGCUAAUGGAACACCAGAGAUUCCUCCGCGAGUUACAAUCUAAAGAAAUUGAAAAGGAUCACACAUUAGAGCUGGCGCAUGUUAUUCUUGGAAAGGCGCAUCCUGAUGGUGCCGCUGUGAUCAAACAUUGGAUCACGAUUAUUCAAUCUAGGUGGGAAGAAGUGGCGACCUGGGCCUACCAAAGGAAUCAAAGACUGGAGAACCACAUGCAAGGACUGCAAGAUCUUGAUAAUCUUCUUGAGGAACUAUUGGCCUGGCUCGAAGGUUUGGAGAACACUUUGAAUGCCUUGGAGGCGGAACCGUUGCCCGACGACAGAGCUACACUUGAAAUGCUUAUCGCAGAUCACAGAGAAUUUAUGGAGAAUACCAGUCGAAGGCAAAACGAGGUUGAUCGCGUGUGCAAGGCCCGACAAAUUAAGCCGAUUAAGGAUGCGAGGAAAAUAUCGAAAGUUAGAUCGCCUGCACCCACUAAGGAUCUCUAUCAGGAUAGCGAGCAUGAGCAACCUCAACCACGUAAACAAAGCCGAGGCAGCCCAGGUCGUGACAGAACACCAGAUCUUUCAUUGCCACACAUCGGUCCACGCUUCCCGCCCAAAGGAAGCAAAGGAGCAGAACCGGAAUUCCGUAGUCCGCGAGUUAAACUGCUCUGGGAUAAGUGGCGUCACGUUUGGAUGCUGGCGUGGGAACGACAACGUCGUCUGCAGGACAAGUAUAACUAUAUUCAGGAGCUAGAUCGCGUUGCUAACUUUAGCUGGGAAGAUUGGCGCAAACGAUUCCUGAAAUUCAUGAAUCACAAGAAAUCCAGACUGACCGAUUUAUUCAGGAAGAUGGACAAAAACAACGAUGGACUUAUUCCGAGAGAGGACUUUAUUCAAGGAAUCAUGAACACGAAAUUCGAGACUUCUCGUCUGGAGAUGGGUGCUGUUGCUGAUCUCUUCGAUCGUCAUGGCGAAGGCUUGAUAGAUUGGAAAGAGUUCAUCGCCGCUCUGCGACCUGAUUGGGAGGAACGACGAACCUACAACGAUACUGAUAAGAUACACGACGAAGUUAAACGACUAGUUAUGCUCUGCACGUGUCGCCAGAAGUUCCGCGUUUUCCAAGUUGGCGAAGGAAAAUACAGGUUUGGUGACAGCCAGAAGCUACGAUUGGUUCGAAUUCUACGUUCGACUGUCAUGGUACGUGUUGGUGGAGGCUGGGUAGCAUUAGAUGAAUUCCUUUUGAAGAACGAUCCCUGCCGCGUUUUUCUAAUGCCAAUACCGGAUCCUAACAAACCGGAACAACAUGAGGGUUGGUGUCCGCUCGCCAAGGGAAGAACGAAUAUCGAGCUGCGGGAGCAAUUCAUACUGGCGGAUGGCGUUAGCCAGACCAUGACAGCCUUCCGGUCCAAACCGAGUCCGACCUCGACGCUGCAGCGUACUCAGAUGUCCUCCGCCAAUGCUGGACCGAUCACCAAGGUAAGAGAACGCAGUGCUCGCAGCGUACCUAUGGGUCAAUCGCGAGCCUCGCGUUCAUCCUUGAGCGCCGGGACGCCGGACAGCCUUAGCGACAACGAAAGUUCCUUCAAGAUAUCUACUAGGAAAACCAGCACGCCUUAUAGAUCCACCGUGACGCCCGGUGGUAGCCGUCCAUCUAGCAGGCCAGCCUCAAGACCUGCCUCCCGACCUGCCAGCAGACCGAGUAGCCGACCCGCAUCGAGACAAGGAAGCAAGCCACCCAGUCGAUAUGGAUCAACGCAGUCUUUGGAUGAUGAUUCGAUGACUCCGAGUCGCAUUCCCCGAAGGGCCGUCGUGGGUGGUUCCAGCAAUACACCGACAUCCAGUAGACACAACAGUAUAUCUGGUAGAAAACUUAUGACCCCGGUGAACGGUUCGAGUUCACGACCUCGUACCCCGACAGGAUUGAUUAGUCCCGCCAGCGGGGUGCCUUCCAGGUUCGGCUCAAUCCAUAGAGCUUCAAGCAUUCCAACCCUGACUGGUGUCGGAACACCUAUCAGCCGCUCUAGGAUACCCGUGUAUGUGGGAGUGGAUAUAAAAUCUCCUCAGUCGACCACCAGCAAUAUGUCGACUCAAAGCAACCAUUCUACGAUUUCUACCGAUUCCACUGGGAGCAGCUCCGUGUGUACAAAUUCGGCAACUAACAUACCAACAGCCAUUAAACAAGCUAGGGUACGCACACCGUCCAGUGGAUCCAGCACACCGCUACCGCCGUCCUCGAAAUUGUCGAGGAAGCCCUCCGGAGCCUCCGACACAUCCGUGUCGGGAACAACGCCGAGUACACGAAAGGGAAAACCCACACCGAUCGAACAGCGCGCGCCGUUUCGAUUAUAAGCUUAUUAACGAAUACGCGUAGCUUAUGAAAAAUCUGCGUUGUAUAUGUUAUAUAUAUAUAUAUAUAUAUAUAUAUAUAUAUAUAUAUAUAUAUACUUAUAUAUGUAUAUUGUAUGCCUGAGCGAAAAUUAUAUAAAUAUAAACGUCCCCGCAAAUUUAUAAAGAUGACCGCAUGGUAUUACAGGGAAUAGUUACGGGAAUAGUUGUGUACGAUGAGAGGAUAGUGCGUGUGUAAUAUACGAAUGCCAAAUUUGACUUGAUUAAAAUUUCAUAAGCAAAAUGAUGAUACCUAGAAAUAACGAUAUGAUCUUUAUAUUUCGUUGAGUUUCAUCAAGUAUGCUGAAUGCCAUUAAAAAUUAUAUACAAUAUACCAAUGAGUAUUUGAUACUCUCUUAGGGGGUAAGGGGGAUCACAGACAGUUGGGGAAAUGUAUUUAUUUUGUGCCCGCGUUAUAAAGUGCUUGAAGCAUAUAUCUAGUUUUUAAUAAUCCAUAACACAGUGACAUAAAUUAUUGUUACAAAUACCUAAAACUUGGUAUUACCGAGAGUGCAGGGUAAUGCUCUAUAACUGAAAAUAUUUAGGCGAGAUAUCAGUAAUAUCGUCGCUGACUUUUCUCGAUAAGGACAAUACUAUAUUGAAAAGAUUCUAACAUAAAAAAAAAAGAAAUCGGCGAUAUAUAUGUAUUAUAAUUACGCUUAUAUUGUGUUUUUGAAGUAUAAUUAGUUGCCUGUAACUACUUUUAUAUAAUAGCAUAGUUUGCUCAUUUGUCGCACGCAUAGCUUUGCGUGUUUUAUAUAUCGUGUACCAUCGAGAUUAUUUCUCGAUGAGAUUUUUGACUUCUGAUAUUGAGCAAAUUGUACACACUUGAAGACAUUAAUUUAUUCAAUAUUUUCGCUUGACUUAUAUAUUUGUAUUAGUUAUAUGACGUUAUUAACGUCUAAUACGCAUUUGUUAAAAAAAAAGAAAAUAAAAAUAAGGGUAUGCGCGCGUUUUUAGAUUAUGAUUCGACAUUUAUUUUUGUUAUCCGUUUCGCAAAUGGAAUCGUAAAUGUUCGGUCAAUCUUAUAUUUUUAUCAAAUUCAAAUAAAUAUAAUUUUUUUUUAUUCAGAUUAAAUAUAAUUUUAUUUUUUUUUUUGUUACAUAUAUGACCAGUGGAGAGAACCAUUAAGUUUAUGAAUCAUAAAUAAGUCAUAAAUUUUAAAUGGCUAUAAAAUUUUGUUUAAGAUUAAUAUAUUGAGAAAUAUUUUGUAUUUAUGUUCUUGCGAAACGGAAUAUUUCAUGGUUUUGUAAAAAAAAACUAUAAUAGUAAUCAAAUCUAAUUUAUGAUUAUGCAUAAGUUUAAUCUUCGAGCGGUUGCAUCUAAAAAGCGCAAUUUUAUUCUAACUAUUAUAAUUCUUCUUUUAAAUAGAUCUUUUAUAUGUCAAUUUUUAUGCUUGUCUUUCAAGCAUUGUAAUAUAUUAUUACACAUAUAAUCGAAAUUGUAUAAUAUUACAUUAUAAAGUAUUACUUAAAUAAUACAUUUCGAUGGCGAAUAUAUGAAACAAAAAAGUCGAAUCAUCUGUGCAUCCGCUUCAAGAUUAACUUGCGAAUCGCUUUUUGUUACACAUUUGCGAAUCGAUUAAUUAAUGAUUAAUAAUAAUUGAAAAAUAAUUAUUAUGUAGUUGUAAUUAUAGGACUAUAAUUCAGUUAUAUAAUUAAUUAUGUUAUUAAUUAUGGAAUUAAUCAUAUAAUUCUACACAAUAAUUAUUAAUGAUUUAUAAUCGAUUAACGCGAGAGAUUUAAGAGUUCGAAGGAACAUACCUAACAGCGUUGAAAUAUUAAGAGAGAAAAUUGUGCGAAUGAUAACCAAGUAAAAUAUAUUCCGUUGCGUGAGGUGGCCUGUUAGGUGACGGGUAGAAAAAAAAACUCUGAAAAAAGACAUUUCCAUUUUUUUUUACAAAUAUAUACUUUUAGAUGCGAUUAAUAAUUAACGAGAUGUGACUCGCUGCCUCUUAUCAAUAUUACGUAAAUGCGAUUAAUCUUAUUAACAACUUCUCAUGCGAUACGAUUUUUUGUUUCUUUUCGACAUACCGAGAAGUGCUGUAUCAACGUUAUAAUAAUAAUAAUAAUAAUGCAGUGACAAAGAAAAAUAUAACAGGUACACGCACACACAUGACAUAUUUCAAUGAAGACUCUCGACCCGUUUCUCUUUAAUUUUUCAUUUCCUAAACGAGUGUUGGACACACAUCGUGUAAAAAUGUAUAUAUAAUAUUUUAACGUGUGCGCGCAUAUUUUUUUCAAGUUUGUAUUUUCUGAUUCAAGUCGCGUAUGCUGUCGUCAGGAUACGAAUCUUGCCGUUGAUUACAUGUCGAUGCCUAUAUCAAGCAUUACUAUUUACAAUUAGUUACAUUUUGCGAGAACGGAUAGGGUUUUCCCAAAACGAGGAUAACGUGCCAACUCAAUUCCUUUAGUGUUAACUGGCAAACGCAUAUGUAUAAUAUAUCAAGCAGAUACAUUUCGGGAGGAUCUCGUGGAAGAGACGGCAGCUUUAUGCAUGCUUCGCUAAUAAGGCUUAUCAAAUAUCUCUCGUUGCGGUGCUCCUGUGACUUGUAAUUUGUACGAAGUUACAAUCUUACGUCUCUAAACGAAUUUUAUGCACUUUUUACACCAUGGAUUACGGUUUUGAAAUGCGUAAAAAGGCUCCUCCAUUGUAAUGCUGAUCAUUGUAAUCGGUGAUAUAAAUGCGUUUUUGUCGAGUGCUGGGGCGAGACACUGGGAAUGUCGGUGGUACGUGUAAGAGAGAAAUCACUGUCAAAAAAUGUGUAAAGUAUCAAAAUAGUGUUUAUCAUACAGCUCUA